UGUACAGCAGCAGUCUGAGUACUGGGAAGAGAGUAUCCUCAGAAGCAGAGUGGUGACAUCCUUCUGGUUAAGAAAGUCUAGACAAGAUUAACGUCUGGCACUUCAUUGCUGCUUUCUCUUGAAACUUCAUUUCUGUGAAGAACGAUUCUGUUCAUUUAUGUAAUUAGCAAUGGCUACCCAACUCUCAGUUUAAACCUUCUGGUUCUGGAUUCUUAAUUCCAUGCUUCAAAGUAAAUUUCAGAUGGGUGUGGAAGGUUGCAGGUAAGUUCCAAGGUGCAGCAGGAGGGAGCAAUGUGCUAACCUCUCACUGUGUCCUGGCAGUGUUGUCCUUUGUAUUUUCUAUUGAGACUUUGUAGGUGAUAGAAUUUUUUUCUCCAACCUGGGAAGAAAGGAGCAGAUUCUUCAGUAGUUUCUGCAAAAUAAUUUACUGAGCAUUAACAAUUUGCCUCAGAUGGCUGUUGUAUAGCACAGCUGGGUGUAGGUCUUUCUUGACAAUAAAAAUGGGUGUUCAUUUGAAUUUAGAAUGCUCUGUAGAUAGCUGUAUCUCAAUGCAGACAUGCCAUAUAAUUUUUCUUGAAGAAAGAAAAGGAAUUAGAAGGAAUCAGGCAGAUUCUCUAGGGAAGUAGAAUUUGUUCUUGUAAUACUCCUGAAAAGAGAUUAAAUUAAACAGAAUCAAUUAUUUUAACUUUUUAUGCAGCGUAUUUAGAAUAACAGGGGAGAAAUCACAAUGAAAAGUUGUGCUGCUUGUGCAGCUGCCAGCAGUUGCAGGAUGCUUGCAUGUGUUAAUAAAAAUGUCAUAAACUAAAUGGAUUUUUGUAAGAACUUUUCAGAGAAUUCUGUUCAUCUGCCGUUUGGCAGAGCAUUUCAGUUCUGUGAAAAUUCUCACUGAAUCAGCCCUGCUCUUCUGAUGAGAUCUAGAGGUAAGAAUAAAGUUCCCAAGACUGAGUACCACUGCAUCCCAGACUUGUCUCCUGAUUAUACACAAUACUGCUGCCUCACAAAGUCCUUCACAGACUUCACAUAAAUCUGCAUGAGAUGUGUUCUUCAUUAUCUCUUAAUAAAGUGCAACUUAAACAGCAUAGCAUAGUUCCAAGAACUGAAUAAUCACUUCUAUUAGGUAUUCAUGUAACAUUUUCCACACAUUUCUGUCUUGAUUUUGUGUUGUGCAGUAGGAAGCAUAAUUAUGUUUACUUGAAGGAAAAUGAAAUUCUGCAGCGAAUAGCAGCACUGAGGAAAGAAGGUUUAUGGUCUCUGAAACGUCUGCCCAAGCUGCAAGAGACCCCACGGCACAAAUCACACCAUGAUUAUCUUUUGGAAGAAAUGCAGUGGAUGGCAACUGAUUUUGUUCAAGAAAGAAGAUGGAAGAUGACAGCUGCCAAGAGAGUAAUGUGAAUUUGGUAUUUCCAGCCAGAAAUGGGGGGAAGAAUAGGCAGCAUUUUCCUGGUUAGGACAUGAUCCCUGAGGAUGUGUGAGUUUUGACUUGCCUCUCCCCUGUGUUUGUAAAAUUUGGGCAGAAGUCCUAAAAGGAUUGUAUUUUUUUUCUUUCUUUAUAAAUAUGCUUGUUAGACAGAACAGAGUAAAGACUUAAAAUACUUUAAUGGUUUUAUUCAGCUGAUUUUAAGCGUGGCUCAUCAUCACAAGGAUAUGGUACUUCAUCAGGAAACAUGCAGGAAAAGAGAAGAGGAGCAGCUGAGGGCUCUUGCUGCUUUUACUGCCAGAGAAAUCGAACAUUUCUGGUCCACCAUCAAACAGGUGGUGGAUUUAAAACUGCAGGUAGAGUUAGAAGAGAGGAGGAGAAAAGUAUUAAAGUCACAGCACAUCUCAGAAAAAGAAGUAAGAGAUUCUUUGAACAAGAAAGAGAGCCUUCUGAAGGAAACGGUGCUUCCAGAUCUUCUCACACCUACUGUAAAGAAAUACAUGGCAGAUUUAGCAGACAUUGCUGCUGCUGCAGAAGUGUUGUUACCCAAAGGCAGCACUGGGAUCACAACAGCAGGAAAAAGGGAUGCUCCAUCUUUACUGUGUGGUGCUCUUAGAGAGUAUCAGAAGGCUGGGCUGGAGUGGCUGGCAAAGCUGCAUCAGAUGAAUCUCAAUGGAAUUCUGGCUGAUGAAGCUGGACUUGGAAAAACAGUGCAAGUUGUUGCUUUGUUUGCACACCUGGCAUGUAAUGAAGGUAUGAAUACAGUAGAUCUCUUAUAAAUAUAUAUUUUUUCACAGUUCAUGAGUGAAUGUAUUUUCAGUAAGAGAAAAAAAUAAUUGCUUUUAAUAUGUAUAAUUUAAAUAAAUGUACCUGGAGUAAAUAAUGUAAAAAAGGAGACACAAUUCCUUUAAUUGUUAGUGCAUGUGUAUGAUGUUUGUAUUGCCUUUUAAGUUCUGAAGUGGUGUGUGGU